UCGUAGUCGGCGUAUUAAAUGCGUGCCACAUAAUCGGCGGAGGAGAGAAUAAAGCGCCAAAUCAUCCCAAGUGUGCGUGUACUCCAGAUAGCAGAGAUCGAGCAGAAAUGGAAAUAACAGCUCGUCACUUGAUCUCUGCAUCUCCUCCUCGCUCCUCUUUUCUUCUUGUUGCUUCUUCUUCUACUUCUACUACUAGUACUACUUCACUGCCCUUUCAGUUUCAGAGCAGCUCCAACUACAUUCUCAAACGACAAGCUCAACUCCAAGGCGUCUGCUUCAAACGAAUUAGCCCCAUAUGUGCCUCCUCUAACACGCAGACUCCUCCUCAAUCUGAUGCUCCCGAAAGAUGGCUUCUGGAGCCUGUGGGUGAUGGAGAUACAAGGCAUAUUGGUUUCAAGGUUCAAAUGCCAGGUGCAUUUGAAAUUGCUUCUAAUGUGGUGACUGUUGGCCGCCUUCCUGAGAAAGCUGAUUUAGUGAUUCCAGUUGCAACAGUAUCUGGUUUGCAUGCUCGCAUUCGAAAGAAAGAUGGAAACCUCUUGGUAACAGAUCUGGACAGCACCAAUGGGACAUUCAUUAAUGACCAACGGUUGAGACCUGGAGUUAUUGCCACCUUAUCACCUGGAUCUUGUGUUACAUUUGGAGACGAACACUUAGCUGUGUUUCGUGUGUCAAAGUUAGCCAGUGUAGAAGCUGCAAGUGAUACAGGUUCUGGUGAAGAUAAAGUAGGGACUGUCAUUCCUGAAGAAGUAGAGACUGUCUCGGCUGAAAGUAGUAAAAUAAUUUGAGUCCUUGUGAAGAUGAAGUUGAAAUAAUUGGUGUCUUUGUAAGAUAUACAUAGCAAGGGAAGAAAUCAGAGCAACGUUCUAACUGGAAAGAUAGGUUUCUGUUGGAAAUAGAUUCAUAGAUAAAGAUAAUCUGUUGGAAAUUGAUUUCACAAUAUUGCAAUCUACUUUCUAUGUGUUGUAUGGAAAUUCACAGGACAAAAGAAGUCCACCAUACAUAAAUUAUGUUUCAGAGUACAUAGCAAUACUAGAAUUUAUUCUAAUAAACCUUCAUAUUAGAACGUAAUUGGAAAAUUGGUUGUUUUACUCGACAAUGCACCAACAGGUUCAGUGGUUCUCCUCAUAACAGAGGGUUCUUUAUAAGAGUGGAGGGGGUAGUGU